ACCAGACAUACACUUGGGUUGUCUCCAACCACUGUCUGUCACACACAGCAUUCAAGCCUGGAUGACAAAGGCUAAGCCAGUAAGUGGACCAUCUCGGGAAGGUUGUAGAUCCGCUGCUCUGUGAAGACGGAAUAUUCUACUAGAAAACAAGUCCUAAGAGGAUGGCAUCUAAAACUGCGGUCCUAGCCGUCUACAUCUUUGCCUUUGUCAUAGGCCUCCCUUCCAACCUCUUGGCCUGCUACUCCUUCCUGAGGAAAGUGCGCCAGAAGCCGGUCCCCAUAGACAUCCUCUUGCUCAACUUGACCCUGUCCGACCUUUUCUUUCUUCUCUUCUUGCCUUUCAAGAUGGUGGAAGCUGCUCAAGAUCACAUCUGGAACCUCCCUUAUUUCCUUUGCCCGCUGGUCAACUUCUUGUUUUACAGUAGCAUCUACCUCAGCACCCUCUUCCUCAUGGGGGUGAGCGUGGAGCGCUAUCUCUGCGUGGCCCACCCAGUCAAGCACAAAUUAAACCGCCGGCCGACCUAUGCCAGAGUGGCCAGCAUUAUCUUCUGGAUCCUGGCCUGCUCCCAUUGCCUCAGCAUUGUCUAUGUUGUGGAGUACUAUGGACACGAGAAGAAAGAAGAAGAAAUCAGGUGUUACAGCAACUUCUCCACUAAUCAGCUUCAUAUUGUCCUCCCUUUCCGCCUAGAAUUAAGCAUUGUCCUCUUCGCCAUCCCCUUCGUUGUCACCUUUUUCUGCUACGUCAGCGUCAUCCGCAUCCUCACCAUCAUGCCUAACAUCAAACCCAAUAAGAAGCAACGGGCCGUGGGUCUGGCUUUGGCCACUCUGCUCAACUAUGUCAUUGCCUUCGCCCCCUACAAUAUCUCCCACAUCGUGGGCUUCUUUCAAAACACGGAACCUUCGUGGAGGGAGGAAACCUUCUUCCUCACCUCUCUCAACACCACCUUGGACCCUGUGAUCUUCUUCUUCUCCUCGGCCACCAUCCGCCAAAGCUUUAAUGCCUGCUGGCUCCGUCUGCGCUCAUUUGUUGUCUCACUUUGUUGUUCAUGUUGCAUCAGUGCUCCUGAAUGCAGUGCCAAUGCAGCAGGAGGUGGGCAGUUAUCUGCUUCAAAUAUAUUGGACUUGGCAGGAACUAGUACACCCAUUCCUUACUCAAAAUCUGCCACAUCAGAGUCUUGAACAUCCUACAAGAAUGAUUUGGCAGAUAAGGCCUGUGCUGAGAAGAGAAGAAACUGGAGCCCGGGACUUUGUUUUGUGUAUCAGAGUUCACAAAACGUUCACCUGAGGAAUCCAAUGCAGUGUUAGGGUUGCUUCCAGAUUUGGGCUGGUGUCUUCAAAAAGCAACCAUCUUUCUCUGCCCAUCUCCUGUUAUGGAGAUCGAACAAGAUAAUGCUUCUGUCGGGUAUCCACACCAGCUAGCUGA